CAGCAGACAAUCUCUUGAUACCUUCACUGACACAAUACUGACUCAGAAUGAUGAAGUUCAGCGCAUCCGCCUUCAUGCUUCUGAUCUGCACAGCUGCACUGCUGUCCACAACAGAUGGUAGACCUCAACCUAUGCUUUUACGCUGUCAGUGCAUUAAAACAUAUUCAAAGCCAAUCCCAGUCAAAAAAAUACAGUCAUUGAGGGUGAUUCCUGCUGGACCACACUGCAAAAAUGUGGAGAUCAUUGCCACAAUGAGGAAAGGAAAGAUGUGCCUCAAUCCUGCAAAAGACUGGGUGAUUCCUCUCAAAGAAAAAUUCAACAAGAAGAAUGUCAAGAGUCAACAGUGA